AUGAACAGAGGAAGAGCUGCUGCAGACUCAGACCAGACCAGAGACACGGACUCUGAUGCAGAGGCUGAGCUAGCCAAGCUUCAGAGACGUUACAGGAUCAUGGAGCGAGACCAGCAGGCCUACAAGGUCAAGGCCCAGAGGGAGCUCCGUAAACAAGAGCAGGUGAGGGAGCAGCUGCUGAAGGAGCAGGACGAGCUGCACCAACAAGCCGGCGUCAGUAAGAACCCGUCCCACCAGCAGCAGGACAGUCGGGAGGCCCAGCACAUCCGGGCUCUGCUCCAGGAGGGCGACGCGCUGGACGAGGAGAUAGAGAACGAGAUGCAACGUCAGCACGGGCAACAGAAAGAGAUCUUGAAGAUGGAGCUGAAGCUGGCAGAGCUUCCUAAAGGAGAGGCCUGUUGGAGCGCUGCAGGGAGAUCUGGGAAACAGCUGACUCAGAAGCUCAUGAGGAAUUUGCUAUGCAAGCUGGACGAAGCCUUGACGUGCUUCAAUGAGCAGAUAACUGUGAACAAACAGCUGAGAGAGGAAGUGCAGACUCUUCACACCGAGCGUGUCCGAUUCCAGCAGCUACGCAACAGGCUCAACAAGGAACUGCAGGAAGUCCGCAAGAAGAUCCAGGAGGACACCAGCCUGGCCAGCGCUGUGUACGAUGCCAGGGCGGAGGCUCAGUCCAAGAUGACCACGAUGCUGGAGAAGGCAGAGAAGGAGCGUGUCCAGUACAACGCCGAGAUGAAGGAGCUGCAGAGGGUCAUCGCACAUGACAGCAGCCUGAAAGGAUUCAUGGGCAACAAGUACACACAACUGUCAGAGCUGAAGGAUCAGAACAGGAUGGACUCGGAGGAGGAGUCGCCGGACGCUCUGGAGGAGAUGUUUAAGGGGAUCCAGAUCCUGACUGAGCAGGACAGCGUGGACCAGCCGGUCACCAGAGUCGCCAAGCCUGGAGACGUCUAUAAUUUUGUGACCGAGCAAAACAAGGAGAUUGAGGCACUAAGGAAGGAAAUCAGCCAGGUCCGGGAGGAGAUGGAGCAGUACCGGGCUGAAAGCUUGGAGCAGGACCAGGAUCACCGCUCACGACUGAGAGACGCUGACGAGAAACGACACAAAGCUGAAGCUCAAGCGGAGGAAUACGAAAACCAAGCCAACAGCAUGAGCAGCGUCCUGGACGAGAUCAUGACAGGAAUAAACAGCAUCUUCUCUAAGAUGGAGUGUGAGCGCUCAGUGGCCGAGGAAACGCUGGGCUCGUCUGCAGGCGUCACGGAGAACAACUUCAUGUUCUACCUCGGCCUGCUGGAGCAGAAGACCAACGAGCUGCUCACCAUACAAGCGUUCCUCACCUCGAAAGAUCCAGAAAAGGACUACAAUCCAAAGGACCUGGCCAAGAUCCUUCUGGGUCAGAACCCAGAACUCCUGCAGCAGAGCAUGAGCAUCCAGCCUGCGGUCGACAGAGUGGACUACGAUGCAGAGGAGCGUCCCAUCACCGAAGAGGAAGAACAGCCGCUCUCACAGGCAGAACUUCGCCAAAGAAUCCUGAAGAAGAAGGAGAGUUCUGCCCGGCCGCCGUCGACCAAAGCCUCAAAGACGGGCCUGCUGUUAGCGGACCGACGGCGCUCCCUGGAGGACGUGCUGAUCUGACACGGUGACCGGAUCGGUGUUGUUCAUGUGUUCUUAUUAAAAACUGGAUCGUAACCAGCGGCGGAACCGACUCGACACAAAUAAACAUUUUAAAGCAU